AUGGGAGGCAUAGAGGAUAGCAAUGGUGAGGCCGGAGUCUACCCAGCCGCAAUCUACGUACCGAUCUUUGCCGCCAUUGCCGUCCUACUCAACAUCCCGCCCUUCUACUGGCAUUUCCGGCAUCGGAACGUCGCGGCAUCCAGUCUCAUACUGUGGCUCGUACUCCUCAAUAUCUGCAAUGUCAUCAACCCCAUCAUCUGGCCGAACGACAACAUAUCCAAAUGGUGGAACGGGAAAGUCCUCUGCGACAUCCAAGCGAGACUAUUCGUGGGAGCAACAGUAGGCUUGACAGGCGCUCUCGCAUGCAUCAUGCAGGGAUUGGCGAGAGUUAUGGAUACAAACCGCGCUGUCAUCGUACCGAGCAAAGCACAGCGCCGCAGGCAGUGCGUCCUGGAUCUGCUAUUCUGCUGGGGCUGCCCCGUUUAUCUCAUGCUGGUCUACUACAUCGUCCAGCCGGCUCGCUACUGCAUCUGGGGUAUCUCGGGCUGCAACUUCGUCGUGGACAACAGCUGGCCAAGCACCUGGCUCAUCUUCAUUUGGCCGCCUGUUUUCUCUCUGAUCGACGCCUACUACUCCGGUAUGCGUCCCAUCCACUCCUUCUUUGUCUGUGUUUCAUCUGCUGAUAAACUCCUGGGCCUCGUGGUCUACCGCCUCCACCGCCACCGCCGCCAAUUCUCCCGCCUGCUCCAAACAGCCGACACGACGAAAUCGCGCUUCCUGCGCCUCUUCCUCAUGACGCUCGUCUUGGUCUUCGGUACCUUACCCAUCCAGUUCUACCUCUUCGCCCUCAGCCUCAAGGUUCCACGGGUCCCGUACUCGUGGGCUGCAGUGCACGCGGACUGGGACCUUGUCGUCAUGAUCCCCAACGGAGGGAUCUUGCUCCUCGAUCACUGGGUCCGCAUCGUGUGUGGGUACUUUGUGUUCUUUUUCUUUGGGAUGGGGGCCGAUGCUACGGAGAUGUAUCGCGGGUGGCUUGUGAAGAUGGGGUGCGCGAGGGUGUUGCCGCGGCUGGAUAGGAGGAAGAGCAGCUUUGGGGGUCGGGCGCCGUUUGGUGGUGGUGGCUCUUGGGGGAGUAGAGUCGGGAAGGUGUUUGUGAGGAAGAGUUGGCUUACUGCUACGACGAGCAGCUUGACCACCUGCGCCCCUAGCUCUGACACCCCAACUGUCCCACAACCACCAACACCCAAGCGCACUCUGUUCUCUUUCCUCUCCUUCCGGUCGAAGUCGCAGAGCAUGGCUCUUCCGAUGACGCAAACCUCGACCGCGCAGACGACCCUACCGUCGAUUCGGCGUAGCUCAACUUUCUCGGAUUUUCAUCCGAGCAAUCACCGCAGUGUGCAUUCCUCGAUUCCCACGCCGGAAGAUCCACCCGCUAAGGAGAUAGCUGUGCCGGAGACAGUGAAGUCUUCUCCGUCUGCGGAUGCUGGUAGCGGAGGGCAUGAUGUGAUUGCUGCGGGUGGGCAGGUGGGAUGA